GACCACUGAACAAGUGAAAUUUCUCUGUUUUCUGUUGAGCGGCUGCAAGGUGAAGCAGUACGAGCCGCACUCCCUGGUCCUGGACAGCUGCACGCAGGAUGAAGGAGUGUUGAUCUCCGAAAUCCCCGAUAUUGCCAAUCAGGAUGGACACGCCACCGAUGAGGAGAAGCUGGCCUCCACCACCUCUAUGCAGAAGCCGGCCGGGCUGGAGAAGAAGGGCGAGCCCGAGGAUGACCUGGAGUACUUCGAGUGUUCAACUGUUCCCGUGCCGGCGGCGAAGCUCGGUGUGGAGUCAGGCUUUGAAAAGGAGAUCUCCAAGCAAACGGAAAAGGAUGGCCCUGGCAUCAUCCCC